AUGAAAAGCAAGACAAGUUUUCCUCCACAAGGAGAGGCACGUCCUUCCAGAUGUCCAGAUAACACUGCAUUCAAACAACAAAAACUACCAGCUUGGAAGCCCCAGCUUAACAUUGCAACUGUGCUCUCCAGCUUCUUUCUCACAGGCGCCUUCUGCCUCUCUGUUGGAGUCUGCCUCAUACUUUCUGCAAACAGCGUCAGAGAAAUCCAGAUUGAUUAUUCAGAUAAAUGUUCAGAGUGUUCAAAACUCCGUGAAAAUUCCUCUAAUUGGAAUAAAAUAUGCAACUGUUCUGCUAAUUUCACGCUAGAGGAAGAUAUACUGGGUGAUGUUUUUAUGUACUAUGGCCUGCAAAACUUCCAUCAAAACCACCGUCGAUUCAUGAUGUCAAGGAGUAAUGCACAGCUGCUGGGUCGGAAUGCAAAUAUUCAGAACUGCGCACCCUUUGCCACCUACCAAAAUGGGACACCCAUGGCUCCCUGUGGUGCUAUUGCCAACAGCAUGUUCAAUGAUACUAUUGAGCUUUUCUACAAUUUUAACUCAUCUGCUAUUCAAGUUCCACUGCUGAAGACUGGGAACUGUUGGUGGACAGAUAAAAAUGUGAAAUUUCGCAAUCCAAAAUCAUACAAUCUCUCUUCUGCUUUUGCAGGGACAGCAAGACCUCCUUACUGGCAGAAACCAGUAUAUUCUUUAGAUGAGGAAGAUGAAAAGAACAAUGGUUAUCUCAAUGAAGACUUCAUUAUCUGGAUGCGAGUGUCAGCCUUUCCCACGUUCCGAAAUCUUUACCGGCGUGUCAGGCGGGUAAGGUACUUUGCAGAUGGCCUUCCUGCUGGGAAUUACACUUUUCGUAUUUCCUAUAAUUUCCCUGUUACCAAAUUCAAGGGGAGGAAGCAUGUGGUUCUUUCAACCGUGGUAUGGAGCGGAGGAAGUAGCCCAUUCCUGGGAAUUGCCUAUGUGGUUACUGGCUCAGCAGCAACCCUGACAGGUUUUGUGAUAACUGCCAUCCAUUUAAAGCUCAGAAAAAAGAAGAUGUACUUUCAGAAGUAA